AGUUUACAUUUUUAUGUUGAAGGUUAUUAGGUUUUCAGAUUGCAGGUUAUUAGAGCAUCAUCAAGGAUGGUUUUUAAUAUAACUGUGGUCAAUUUAAUAAAGUUUAAUAUUUAAUUACUUCCUCAACUCAUAUAAAAGUGAGCAUUGUGUUUCUCUACUUCCAUCAUUAAUACAAAACCACUGAAGGCAAUCAUAACCAUGUCACAAGUAUCAUUACAACCUUUCACAUCGAGUUCAUCGAUAAAAAUAACAAAAAAUGAAGACAGUGGCCAAAGCAUGAGAGGAACAUUAGCCACGUAUAAUGACGAAGAGCUUAUGGAGAUUCCUUCAUUAACAAACUUUGAAGAGAGCGUUCAAAAUAUUUUGGAUGGAGAUGUGAAAGUCAAAGAGCAAGAGAUAAUAGAAGUAAACUUAGAAGAUGAAGAUUCAACGAUGGAAAUUCUAUUGGAACACGAAACAAUUCCCGAUCCUGAAAUCACGUCAAAAUCCUCAAUAACCGAAUCCAUGAUGUAUUAUUCGCAAAGUUACGAAGGCAGUGAACGCGACCUGGACAGAUUCAUGGACAGAGAAUCACUUGAUCUCGAGGAACAGGUUAUUCCGGAAGAAGACGAAGAGGAAAUCGAAAAAGUUGAAGUCGAGAUAGCCUUCAGUUCGUUGAAUUCAGAGUCAUACGAAGAAUUAGAGAACUUGGCCAAAACUGUAGAGGAAAAGAGAAUGGAAAGUAUGAUGGUUUCGACAUCUUCGUUUGCUACAGAUGAGAAAGGAUCUCUCAGUUAUGAACAGGUUGGAUAUAAUAAAGAAUCAGAGACUGAUAAUGUUGAUGGUUCGAAUCUGAUAGCAGUUACAUGUAAUGUUGAAUUGGAAAAUGACAAAAAGCACAUUAAUACAGAAGAAGAACAAGACAUUGAAAAGGAACAUGAUCGUUCUGCUGAUCGUGUAAUCAAAAUAUGUGAAGAGCUUGGUCCAAUACUCGACCUAAGAGUGGUGAUAGAAGGACAAGAGAUCCUAAGAACAUCAUUCGGCAUGAAUAUCCCAAUAAAUAAUGUAAAAAUAAGACUAGCCCCGAUUUUUCAUUUGAAGCCAGAUGAAAUAGAUUUACUGCAUGAUGGAGUUAUCUGCCAAGAUGGUGACCAACUGUCGCAUUUCCAAAUAGCACCACCUGAUUCCCUCAUUUUACAAGUGAAACCCAAAGAUCGUGACCUCAAUAUUUUAACUAAUGACUAUCUGCAUUAUGCUCCUUUGAUCGACAUUAUUUCAGCGAGAAUUCCUCUUUCGGGUAGUUAUUUUGAAGAUAAGUUGAUGCAGAUUGAAAGCGAUUGUUUUGUCAAAGAAUGGCUGGGAGGAUACAAAAACAAUAGGACAUUCAAAGAAUAUCAUCAUGUACAAACACAGACUUUGCCUAGAAUAUACAAUCUGCCUCCCGGCGUAGUUUUGCCUCCAAGUUUCACAAGGCAGACGCAAACGCCAGUGUUUCCUCUAGUAGAUGAAGGUACCACUUCGCCAGAAAGCAAGGCAACUCAAGUUUGGAGAACUGAUUACUAUGUUGCCAACUGUUCAGACAAAAUCAUCAUAGCCAAUUCCAAAAGAUUUAAGCCCUAUGUCUCGAAUGAACACCUUUCACACUUAUCGCUAGCAAUGAUCGUAGGAACUGUGAUGGUUUUCAGAAGAUACAUGAAAUGCUUACUGAAUCGAGCGUGUAGACGAGCAAUGGAGUGCAUUAGUCUUCCUCGACUAGACGUGACUCACCAGAAAAUGAAAGAUAAAAUAGUAAAGGAAGUGCAGAGAAAGAUGAGAAUAAACAUGUUCUUUCCAACGACCAGGUUUGAUUUUUCAAUGGUGUAUCUGCUGGUCAGUAAAUGGAGACACAAGGAGACAAAACUGAUUGACAAACUAAAAACCAACGAAUCUCGGAAAGCUGCUUACUGCUCGUUGUUCAAGAAAGAGGUGGACAUGAUAUGGAGGAUUGAGCAACAGAGGCUAGCGGUGAAAAAAGAAGCUUUGAAAAGAAACAACCAAGAGUUCCUUGAGAAGGCUGCCCGUUUAAAAAAUACAAAAAAAUUUGUUUCUAUCGAUUCUUUGGAAACACAACAAGCCAGAGAAUACAUGGAUGUGUACUCGACACUUACCAGGCGAGACGUUACCAGAGAACAACGACUUGACUUUCUACACCACUUCCGAAAUCUGAUUCUCAGCAUUUGUCCCGAAGAUGGCGUCGAUAAGCUGAUUCAACUCGUUGAUCGAGAAUGCGAUCUUCUGCAGAUCGGACUCAAACAUACACAACUUGAAGUUCUCAGACUACGUAUUGAGCAGCACACUUUGGAGUUCUUUCGAAAUAAUUUGAAUAAGGAUGAUUUCGAUUCCUACAAAGAGAGAACGCUGAAAAAAUCGGUUCAAGCCAAGUUUAGAUGCUCGAGAUGCCGACUGCUGAAGCCCUGCAGUGACUUCAAUGUUCACUUGAAAGUGACCAGGUUCAGCAUUUGUUACUCAUGCGAGUGGCUCAUGCACAUUGGAUACCAACGCCUUGAUCUCAGUCCCUACCUCAGGAUUCUCGAAUCGGUUAGGAAGUCAGAGAUGAAUCUGUUCACCAAGUCAGGUGCCAGCUACAUAUUGCAGGUUACUGGCAUGUACUUUCUUGUUAACAAUAUUUGGCUAGGCAAAUCAGCUCUAAGUGAAAUCUCUGAUGUAUCGAACCUCCGAAUGGUGAGGUGGCGACAGAAUGAAGACUGGACUCCUUGGAAUUGCAUACUUCUAACGCAGGAGGAAUCUCGCAUUCACAUGGAAAUACCGAAUGUUGAUCAAUAUUACGCGAAACCGUUCCUGAACAGCGUCUAUUUGAAACACAAACGCGCCAAAUAUCAUUUUCUUCUAUUAUACGUUAGUGACAUGUACAUAAAGAAGACCGGGUUGUGGUACAACGUCAUUUGAUUAAUUCUCUUCGUGCAUUCAAGCUGAGAGAAGAAACAAAACUGUUUGAAACGUUCAUUAUUCCUUAUGGAAUGACGUUGGAUAAACAUAUGAGCCCCAAGUAUUUGACCGAAAAAAUGGAAGAUUUAUAAUUUUUAUCCUAUAAAACUUUUGAAAUCAAUAAAAUUGCAAAUUAAGGAGCUAAUUCUCACAACUCUUCAUGCCAGCAUGGAUAUAAAUGAGGCAACAUGUAAAAUUGUAUAAUAUCAUACUGUUUUAUUAAUAAUUUGAUACUAGUAAAUACAGUAUUGUCAGUAAAAAUAAUGUUUUUAUAUAAUAUUAUUAUUAAAUAUAUUAGUCAAAUAUUCUUCUCCUAGACACUUAUGGGGAUUACAAUCACAGCCAUGUUAUAAAAUUUGUUUCCUAAGAAAGAGAUAAAAUUAUAAAAUCCCAAAUGAGUUAUAAUUCCUCUUUGCCAUCUUCUUGCAUUUUAUUCCUGUGAAAAAAUUAAUGAUUAUCAGACUGAGAGGUUUCAUAUUUGAUGUGUUUUAUAAUGUACAAGAUCUAUUAUUAUAAAAUGGCAACAAAGAAAGAGUUUCAAGAAGAGGACGAUCCACCAAAUUUUACCAAUUAAUAAAGUUUGAGCAGUGAUCUUAGAUUCAACUAAC